AUGGGUGCUUAUGGAAGUAUGCCAGCUGAACCAGAGAGCUCUUACGGUCCGGUGUUCUAUGAAAUGGUUGCUAAUGCAUGCAAUACAAAUAACGAUAUGAUAGGAUUUAAUGAAGAUGUGAUGAGGUCGUUAAUUGAUGAUGGAAGCGUUAAACAUUUAUAUGAAUCAUACGAUAACACUCAUUUCCUCUGUGGAUUCCCUACGGAAACUGAUUUCACAUUUCAACAGGGUCAAACAUCAACGGCACCAAUUACAUAUAAAUUAGGUGUUAAAGCUGAUGAUACAAAUAUAAGCGAAAAAUACACUGUCAAACCUUUAUUAGGAUUUCUUAGAAAUGCUUGUUUCGCUAUUCAAGUUAGACCAGCCGGCAUCCCUGCUGUUAGAAUUGAUGAUUAUAAUUUAGCUGCUGAUGGAGGUGAUGAAUAA